UAAUAUUGACCGUUAAUCCAUAAAACCACAGAAGCUUAUUUAAAAGAGCAUCUGCAUUAGCCACUACUGGCAGCCAAGCGUAAGAACAUCAGGCGCCUGAUACUGAACGAGUUAGGCAAAAGAAAAACGGAGCUCUGAAAAACGAAGCUCUGAAAAUAGCGCCGUUAUUUGUUAGUGAGCGGCGUGAGCGGCGUGAGCGACGUAGGAGGGCAACAUAAAUGCAGAAAAAAACUAAAAGAAUACUGCUAAUCUGAAGAAAAUUGACAUAAGCAGCAACGACAAUAACACAUGACAACAACAACCACACGGGAUCAAGCUGUUGCAACGUGCAUACUAAUCACAAAACCAUAAACCACAACUACAGUUGCUGUUGUAGUUCUUGCUGUUAUAUUAUUUGCUUAGCGGUAUAUAAAUCGAAGUACUCAUGCUCUUGCAACGUCUGCGCAUGUCACUCAGCGUGCUGCAGCUGCCACUGGCAUUGUCACUGCUGUUAAUGUGUCACGGUGUCUGGGCAAACAGAACGGCAAACGCGUCGGCUGCUUUAAAAGCUGUCGCGCCCCCAACAGCCGCACCGUCGUUGGUUGCACCUUUGGUUUCGUCAUCGGAAGCCACGCUUCUAACCACGCAGCGUCUAUUUCCGACAACCACAACAGCGGCGUCCUCGGCAGCGUAUGCUAGACAGGCGCGCGCACGUCAUCGCUACGAUGAUGAAGUAGCGGAUGUGGAGUCUGUACAGCCACAUGCGACGACUACCACCGUCAAAGCGUCCACUGCCACUAAAAUUGGACGCAAUGUUGGUAAUCUGCCAAAGAAGCGCUAUAAAGUGCUGGCCGUGCAUACGAAUUGUACGCGAGACCUCUUCACGAUGCGCAUCGAUUUGAAUCGCGACUUCCGCGGCCUUGUCUAUGCCAAGGACUUUCCGUUAGAAUGUAGCGCGCGCGGCAAUGCACAUCAAAAUGUCACUUUGCGGCUACCCACAUCCGGUUGCGGUGUGCGCGCUGAGCCGCGCGCAGACGGCGUUAUGGAGUUGUCUGUGCGUGUGAUGCUGCAGAUGGAGCAAAAGCUGCGCCAGAGCUCCGAUAUAUUGCGUACAGUGCAUUGUAAGCUGCCGCCGACAGCGAUGGGCAUGAUGGUGGGGCCGAUUGCGGGCAUGGCGAGUAAAAGGGCUAGGAUAAAAGCGGGACAACAGUGGAAAGUGGCAUCGAAUUACAGAAACGGACGCAUGCGCACACUAAACGCGGCGCAAAAGCAUAAUAACCAUGCAGCAGCUGCCGCCGCCGCACAAGCUAAUGAAGAUUUCACCGACGCGCCGCAAGCGGAAGCGUCUAAUAUUGAAGCGCAAACAUUGAAAGAACAACAGGGCGAUAACGCAGAAAAAGAACAGGAAAUCGCUGCGACCGCCAAAACUGCAGAAACAACAGCCAAGCUCGACGAUGUCAGCGGGGGCGCUGGUGAUGGUGGUGCUUCAACUAGCGCGGCCAAUAGCAACGCCACACCGCGUGUGCGCAUUUGGCUUGAAUUGGGCGGCCUUGACGGCACCGGCGCGGUGGAAGUGGGCCAAGCCACUACGUUAACUGUGCGCGCCAUAGUGCCCGGCAACAUGGGUGUGCGCGUGGUGGAUUGCGCAGCGCUCGACGGGCUAGGCGAAUCGAAGCAGCAGCUGUUGGACGAUCGUGGCUGCACAAUAGAUGAGCAGGUCAUGCCGCCGCUGAAUAAGCACUUCAAACCGUUGGACGAGGGUUGGUCGAAGCAACAGCCGGACGAUUUAAUGGAGAAAACAUUCACGGCCACAUUUCCAGCCUUCAAAUUUCCCGAUCGCGAGCGCUUGCAUGUGAGUUGUGGCGUGCAGCUUUGCAAGGGCAAGUGUCCGAAUGUGAAUUGUCGCAGCUCGGAACCGUUACAGCUGAGCGCUGACAAGCACUUAGCACGCAUUGAAGUCUUCAAUUCGCUGGCGGUGACGGCACCGCAAAUUGAGGUGGACCGAUUACGCUACGAUCGACGCUACAACAUGAGCGCUGAAGAGUAUCCACCGCAUAUCCGUCACCUCCACAGCGACGGCACGCUAUGUCUCUCCGUCUCCAAACUGGCUAUCUCCUUCUGCGUGCUGGGCCUUAUCUUUCUGCUCGCAGUUAUUGUGGCAAUUUACUCGCUGAUACGCGCACGUCGCCGCACCACGGGCAGCACCUGCGCAUUGACGCCGCCCAGCAGCGGCACGGGGCAUAUGCAACGGGCGGAGCUUUGCACGUCCAUGUUCUCAUCGAGCAGCGAAUCAGCGCAAUCGGCGCGUUUUGGCAGCAAACUACUUAUGCCCUACUAUCCAAACACAUUACCCUAUGGUCGCGUUUACUAAGCCAAUGCAAGGUUCGGCCUUUUAUCUAAUAAUGCAUGUUUUAGUUGUAGUUUUUGAAAAUUACUGUUUAAGCUUCACAUUUCACUCAUCAUCUAAAGACUGAUUUUUGUAGUUUUCCUCAACAAACGCAUUGCAAAACAAAACAAAAAAUAAUAGCAAUAAUUGUGAGAAUUUAAUUUUUACAAAAAAUUAAUGCAAUAAUACUCUAAUAGCUACUACUUCAUUAAUAAGUUUACUUAUUGCGAAAGAAAUUCGAAAACGUUUUUGAAAAACCUUAGUAUUAGUGUAUGUAGAAAAUGUUUUUUGACUUUUCUUUCUAAAUAGUUGUUUAAGUCAUAUUAGUUGCUUCGCAUGGUAGCGUAGUUAUUGCUUAAAUUUAAUUUAUGUAAAUUGAGUUUAUUAAAAAAUGUAUAACCUUAAUUUUUUUUUAAUUUUGUAUCGAUCGAAUAUAAUAUUUGUUUAAAAAGUAGCAUAAGUGCACGUUUAGAUAUAAAAUUCCCACGACAGUGGGGUCUUCGUAAUCCAAACAGACCGGACCUUGAUUCGGCCAGGGACUCUCAACGCGGCAGCACCGCUCAAAGUUACUUCAGAUAUGUUUUCUGCCGUCACAACAACAACAACAAUUAAUAUUGUAUUUUAGCGAAAAAGUAACAUAUUAAUAAAUUUUUAAUUUCAGAA